CUCAUUGCCAGCUGUUGCCCUCCAAGAGAACCGAUCACCAUCGGUUUUCUUUGCGAUGAAUUGAAGAAUGGGCGGCAGCAACGCCGAUGCGAACGCGAUUCUUACGUCGAAUUGAAUGAGUGCGCGUCGGCAGGACCGUUGCGAUCUUCGACGGAUCCAACGAUCCGCAACCAACCACAGGUCGGGUCCACAGCAUUCUCAUCACUUGCAUGCACGUUGAGACUUUGCAACUGCAGAGAAGACGAGCCAAAGAAGACACAAAUUCCUACAAGUGCCAACCUUGAAGGAAAAGGCUGCGAGUGCAAAAGCCAAGAGCAAAUUGCAGAAAGGGUGGCUUUUUGUCUUGUUUCCACAAUAAUAGUUUCUUGAAAGAAAACGCAGCGAGAAAGAUUGAGAAUUAAUUCCCAUUCAUUUGUGUGUGAGAAAGUACCAGUAGUAGUGUCAAAAAGAUCAACCAUGGUGGACUCUACUGUUGCCGAGUCUUCGCCGACUAUGGAGACAGUAAAGACCGAGAAGAAGGUGGAUGAAGGUCCCACUGUGACCAAGGAGGACAUUGAAGCAGCAGCUGCUGGUGCCACGGAUUCAAGUGUGAUUUUGAAGGAUUUGCUAAUUCUUCCGCCUCUGAACAAAUCAGCUGCUUCUGCCAAACCAAGUGAGCAAGAACUGAUGGCUUCUGUCCCAUUGCCUCCUAUUCGCAGUGAGGAACCCGUGUCGUCGCUUCGAACGGCUUUGAGUGAAGUUUGCGGCUAUGCGCAUUUGACCAACUAUCGUUUGCAGCUGGUUCCGCAAGCUUUGGGCUUGGAACGGAAAACACUGGUGGCGAAACAAGCAAAGGCCAACAGCAACAAAAACAAAAAUGACGAAACUUUGGAAGCUUCAGUAUACACUGGAAUGAACGCAGUCGUCUCGGUUGCCGCUGUCAAUUCUCGCAACGACCACACUAGUUUCAUUUUGCCCAGUACCGGUACCGACGAUAAGCCGAAGGACAAGAAAAAGGACGACACUGUGGUACUCGAUGAUUUUGGAGACUUGACACUGCUUUUGGAAGAUGGAUUGAAAGACGGAUCGGCAUUUCGCAUUGUCCUCGAAAAAUAUGACGCAGCGUCCGUCAGAGAUCAUGUCGCCAGGUUGCGGUCGUUAUUGGAUGGCAAUGCUCCCACCGUCACCUCUUUUGUCGACGAUGCUCCCAGCAACAACACUGAAAAAGAGGAUUCCUCUGCGGAAGCAAACAAAGAAAACCCAACGGCAACACCAACUGCAGAGGCGGAAGAUCCUGCUGCUGUCGCGACGGAUUCCAGCCCUGAAGCCAAAAAAGAUGUCGAAGUGGACAAAGCCAAGGAACUCAAAAAAAAAGAACAAGAGGCAGCUCUGAAAGCUGCCGCUAAACUGCCUGUGUAUGAUCUUAACAAACCAGUCAGUGUGGAUGGCAAAAACUUGAAAGACUUCUUUUACUUGGCAUGUGGAGAAGACCCCAGUCUAUACCAUGGAGACCUCCCACCCCCCAAAUCGCCCAAACCUGAGAAUGGUGGUGUAACAGCAUCGCCCAACAGCAAAUCAAGGAAAAAGGGAAAGAACCGAAAUAAGUCGCCUCAGCCAAAGAAUGGACAGACUUCGUCCGAAGACGAUGAAGACAUCCCUGUGGAAGAAGUCAUGCGUACCACCAUUCCUCGCAUGAAUGCUUUGGAAGAAACUACACGGGUCCCUUGCAACAUCCGCUUCAGCGGCUUUCACCCACCGCCAUCACACCGAAAAUUGAUGGGAGACUUGGCGUACCUCGAAAUCAUCGUGGACCAAGAACCCACCAUUUACAUCACUGCUUGUACGACAGGAUUCUAUGUCAAUAAGAGUACCAGGGCUUCCUUCGAUCCUGCACCAGUCCUUGAAAAUCCAUGCUUCAGCCAUGAGCUCUUGGAUUGCAUCUUGAAAAAAUCAACAAAAUUCGCAGGUUUAUGGACAAAGGCAGUUGCAGCGUCCAAGGAACGCGCGGAAUACAUGAAUGCUACCAACAAGGACGGUCCUUUCUCUUCCCUGUUUCGAGUUGCGGUCCGAGGGGAUUUUGAUGGCUACAAGAAUCCUGCUACAGCCAGCGCCGCCACUGGCAUUGAUGCCCUCUUGCAGACUCCAUCGUGGUUGAUUCCGACGCCAAAACCUCGAUCGUCAAAAGCAGCCGGCAGUGACUGGAAGCAUUAUUCACACCACACCCACAACCUCAAUCGCACAGAAGACGACCUUUGCAGUACCUUCGGAGUGGAUAUUCGUGGUGGGGCUGUCCGAGAUUGGAACGAGGAACUGCAGAGUGCCCGUGAGAUGCCAACUUCCACAUUGCAAGAACGCAUUGAACGUGCAAGAAUCAUCCACAAAGUGCUGACCGACUUUGGAGAGGCGUCUGUUUUGGGUGUGAAAGCUAUCGUGGAGGGACAAAUUUCGGCCAUGAAUCCAAAUGAGGGCGCACGUUCGCAGGUGUUUUUGCACAACAACAUUUUCUUUUCCCGUGCAGUUGAUGCCGGUGUGGAAACUUUCAAAAUUGCAAAGGGUGACAAUGCGGCGCGAAAGUCAGCAUCUCGGGAUAUCCAGUGCAUCGGCACUCUGCACCGCAUGGAUACAACUGAACUGCAUACUUUGGCCACCGUCCUCAUCGACUACUUGGGUACCCGAUUUGUCUGUCAGAGCAUUUUGCCAGGAAUCUUGAGUGGCGACAAGACGCACACACUUCUUUACGGUGCGGUAGAGGCUGGAUGCGAGCUCAAAUACGACGAGGAAAUGCACAAAGCCCUCGAGAAUACAGUGGGGAAAACACUGCAGGUUGCAUCUCGCAUGGUUCCAAGGCAGCCACUGGUUCCGGAACGAUUGGAAGAGAUUAAGAAAAUUAAGAGCACCCUCCCGGCAUACAUGAGCAUGCCAUCACAGCAAGAAAAGGCCUCUGAGAGCGAAACUGAGGUCGCUGGCCCCACUAUCCUCUCAUGUGCUCCGUUGGAAGCCAAGGGAAUCCGCGGCAGCGACCAGCGCAAGUAUUUGUUGGAUAUUUCCCGAUUGUCGCCUCGCGAUGCCAACUGGGUCCCGAAGGAGAAGGGAGGAACUGGCAUGUGGGAAGAAUUGCUGGAGAAAAGUGGGGGUAAAGCUGCGAGCUCCAUACCUGUCAGUGUGGAUGACGACGAGUGGACGCUGGCAGUGCUUAGACCCGAACUUGUUUCUCGAUUUGUCAAGAUUCGACGAGAACAGUGGCUUAAGAGCAUUACAGAAAAAGAGAAGAGCGAAGCAGAGGAGAAAGAUGGAGCCAGCAAGGAAACAGAGGAGGAAGAAAUAGCCGAUCCUGCCAAGCCCGAUGAGAAGAAACCUUCGGAAGGUGAUAAUGGCGAGACAGAUGCAAAGGACACAAAAGCGGACGAAAAGGCUAAGGAAGAAAAGCCGAAAGAGAAAAGGGUUGAACCACGGAAACUUACCGAUGAAGAAGUUGAACAUCUGAAGACCUUCCGCAUGAAUAUCAACGUUUUCUUGCCUGAUGUGCAAUCUAUGGAUGCCGUCGAUGAGAAGCUUGCAGAAGAGUCGAAAGCCGAUGAACAGAUCGCUCGGGAAGCUGCCCUUUUGCUGUGGGAGCAAGUAUUGCCUCGUCUUACAGCGGACAUUCGUGAUGCCGGUGGUCCUCACCAGCAGAUUCCACCCGACGGCAGGAGCUUGACGGAAAUGCUCCAUCAACAUGGAAUCAACUGUCGAUACAUUGGUCGACUGGCAAUGCUCGCGCAACAGGAAGAAGAAGUGGACAAAAAAUUGGAGGUUGAGAUUAAGAAUGGUAAUGUCCUCAGGCUGGGUCGUCGCAAGAUGCCUUUGUAUUGGCUGGAGCUCCUUGAAUGCGAGAUGGUCGCCCGCGCGGCCAAGCACGUGCUGGAGUGUUAUCUCACAGAAAACGGCGGAUCCGCAGCGGCACAACCUUCGCAGACGAUUGCGUCCUUCCUAAGUGCUCUAGUGUCGGAGUCAGAGGAAACUGCUGCACAGACCGAAACGAGAAUGGGGAAGAAGAAGGGCGGCCCUGACGAAGAUGACUUCAACGCCCUUACUCUUUGUGACACUGGAGGAAAUGGAGACGCUGUGCCAGGGUCGAUCCGAACAAGGUCGGAAGUGUGGACAGACAUUGAGCGCGAAGUUGGUCGUCGCUUCCGUUACACUCUGACGCUGUACAACCCGGCGGGAAAGGACUCACGUGCCGCCUACAUACCACUGCUUCGACGAGUUUGUCAGAGAACUGGUGUGAGAUUGGUAGCCAAAAACUACGACGUGGGGGGAAAAUGUCUCUGCAGUGGUGGCAAUUCUUCUGGCGGCCGUUUGACUGCCUCUUACCCAAUCGAGCCAACUGAUGUUGUUGACAUUGUUCCGCUGAUGAAACACGCUGCCGCUCACGUGGAAGGCUUUGUCCCAUGCGCAUUGGGAAGCUCAAUCGGACUCCCGUCGCUUCACAUCUCGCUGGCGGACGCGAGGACAACCUUGGAAGCUGCCCACCUGCAUUGCAAUGCACGAUCAUUGUCACCUGCGUUGGAUCUGGCACAGGAAGCAGCAUCUUUGUAUCAAAGAGUCACUGACACACCAGCUCACCCUGGAGUCGUAAGGUGUAUGGAUCUAAUGGCAACAAUCCUCUUUGAAGCCGGCGAGCCAGCUCUUGCCGCCAACAGUGCAUUGAAAGGGCUUGGGCUCCUUGUACAAGUCGCUGGUUUCGACUCAUUCGACACAAUCAGUGCCCAUCUGCUGUUGUUCCAGAUGCUCUUGGCCUCUCAGCAAGUUGAUCUUGGUGUCAAACAUCUCCGCGCCGCACUCUAUCUCAUGGAGGUCCUUGGCGGGCCACAUUAUGUCGAGCAUUCCAACGUGUACCACAAGUUGGGAUCGCUCUACCAAGGAGCAGGCAACGUGUUGACUGCUCUUCGCUUCUACCAAGAAGCUGGUGCUCGUGUUGUCAGUGAUCGUUUGCACGAAGGAAUGAUUAUGAGAAGCACCUCCAUGAUCUUGGCUGCGAUCGGACAAUUGAAAUUGGCAGUUCAGACUGAGAAGAAGGCAUUCCAGACUUUUUCGCUCAUGUUCGGCGAAGACCACAACCUGACAAAGGCAAGCGACGCGACAUUAAAGAAUUUCAUGAAGGCAGCGGUCGAACAAGGCAACCGGAUGGUGGAAGAUGAGAAGAAACGUAAAGAGGAACAGGCUGCGGCGGCAAUGGCGAGCCAGAUCGAGGCGGAUGAAGAAGCUGAAGAAAAGAAGAAGAAGAGGAACAGCAAGAAGAAGAAGGGCAAGAAAUAAAAGUCGCGACGGAUUUUGUUGAUAGGUCUCAUAUGCCCUGCACUUUCUGCGAAAGCCGAGAGACUUGCAUAUAGCAUAACAUUAAUAUAUUAUUCAACUGGCUC